GGGCUAGGGAAAUGAGAAAACUGGGCUUUUGAGAAGGAAAAUCUCUCCCCUCAACUAUUUACCCUGACGUCAGUUUGCACAAGUAGCAGUGGGCCGUCUCGCGGCGUGUGAUCCGAAACUGCGCGUCUGUGUCACUGUCAACCAGUGGGGGAAUAGAUGAGCUCCAACUCUCCGAAAGUUCCCUGGGUGAAUGUCACGGGACCAAUUGAAAACGAUCUCUUUGGCGCAUUUGAAAGUGGACUAAAGAAACUGUUUGACGAUGAACACCUGCGCCUUUUUGUUGCUUCUCACCGUGCAGAUCUACGCCGAUGGCAUCGAGGGGCCGACAGCUGCCGGCUGCACAUUUGAAGAAGAUUCAGAUCUCAGCCUAUGUGACUUCACACAGGCUGAAGAAGAUGACUUUGAUUGGCAGCUGUUUCGGACACACAAUUCUCCAUACGCUGGCUCGGACCUUUUGCGCGGAUCCUACAUGUUGAUCAACUCUUCGCAGCAUGUAGCGGGACAUUGCGCUCAGCUGCUGCUGCAGAGUUUGAGUGAGAACGACACACACUGUGUCCAGUUCAGCUACUUCCUGUAUAGCCGCGAUGGCCACAGUCCAGGGACCCUGAAGGCGUACGUGCGUGUCAACGGCGGUCCGUUGGGCAACCCGGUGUGGAACACGUCGGGAUCUCACGGGAAGCAGUGGCAUCAGAUGGAGCUGGCUGUCAGUACCUUCUGGCCAAAUGAAUAUCAGGUACUGAUCGAGGCUACUGUUUCCACGGAGCGACAGGGGUACAUUGCUAUCGAUGACAUCAUGGUGCUCAACUAUCCAUGCUAUAAGGCCCCACAUUUCUCUAGGCUUGGAGACGAGGAGGUGAAUGCUGCACAAAAUGCAACUUUCCAGUGUGUGGCUGCUGGAAAGGCUUCAGAAGCUGAGAAAUUCCUACUGGAGAGACACAAUGGGGAGAUUUUAACCAGUGCGUCGGUCAAGCACCUGAGUCACCGGCGUUUUGUGGUAUCGUUCCAGCUGGACAGCGUCCAGAGGUCAGAUCAAGACCUUUACCGCUGCAUCACGCAGUCCUCCAGGGGAUCAGGGGUCUCGAACUUUGCUGAACUCAUUGUCAAAGUGCCACCUUCCCCUAUCGCACCACCUCAGCUGCUGCGUGCUGGCUCCACUUAUCUAAUCAUCCAGCUCAACACCAAUUCUAUCCUUGGAGAUGGGCCCAUUAUUAGGAAAGAGAUUGAGUAUCGUGCCAGCCAGUCUCCAUGGUCUGAGGUGCAUGGAGUCAACAUGGUUACCUACAAGUUGUGGCACCUGGAUCCGGACACAGAAUACCACAUCAGUGUGCUGCUGACUCGGCCGGGAGAAGGAGGCACGGGCCCCCCCGGACCUCCGCUCGUAAGCAGGACCAAGUGUGCGGAGCCCAUGCGUGCACUACGGGGCCUGACAGCCACAGACAUCCAGCCCAGGCAGUUGUCCUUGCUGUGGGAGAACUUGGCGUUCAACGUGACACGCUGCCACACCUACUCAGUGUCCCUGUGCUACCGCUACACCACGGCGGGAGGCGGCGGUGGCCACAACACCACCGUGCGUGAAUGCUUGGCCGUGGAGCACAACGCCUCACGCUUCACGCUGCGUGAUCUGCCGCCCUACCACGGCAUCCAUGUCCGUCUGUCACUGGCCAACCCUGAGGGCAAGAAAGAGGGCAGAGAGGUCACUUUCCAGACUGAGGAAGACAUCCCAGGAGGCAUAGCACCAGAGUCGCUCACCUUCACCCCACUGGAUGACAUGAUCUUCCUGAAGUGGGAGGAGCCGCUUGAGCCCAAUGGCCUUAUUACCCAAUAUGAGAUCAGUUACCAGAGCAUCGAGUCAUCUGAUCCUGGCAUCAACGUCCCAGGACCAAGAAGAACUGUAUCCAAGCUGAAAAACGAGACCUAUCACAUGUUCUCCAAUCUUCACCCAGGAACAACCUACUUGAUCUCUGUGCGAGCCCGUACAGGGAAAGGCUUUGGCCAGACAGCCCUCACUGAAAUCACCACUAACAUCUCGGCGCCGACAUUCGAUUAUGGAGACAUACCAUCCCCCCUGAGUGAGACUGAGAACACAAUAACUGUCGUGCUGCGCCCUGCUCAAGGUAGAGGUGCACCUGUCAGCACAUACCAGGUGGUGGUCGAGGAAGAGACUGUGAAAAAAGUGAAGAGGGAGCUUGGGCUUCAAGAGUGUUUCCCUCUGCCGAUGUCGCAUGGUGAGGCCUUGGCCCGCGGCACUCCGCACUACUACACCGCUGAGCUGCCUCCCAGCAGCCUGCCGGAGGCCAGUCCCUUCACUGUGGGAGACAAUCAUACUUACAACGGCUAUUGGAACACCCCUUUGGACCCACGCAAAAGCUACCUUGUCUACUUCCAGGCUAUGAGCAACUUCAGAGGGGAAUCAAGAAUAAACUGCAUCCGCAUAGCUCGCAAAGCUGCCUGCAAGGAUCACCGCAAGGCUUUGGAGGUGUCCCAGAACUCGGAAGAGAUGGGGCUGAUUCUGGGCGUUUGUGUCGGAGGCCUGGUGGUCCUCAUUCUCCUGCUGGGUGCUGUCAUCGUUGUCAUUAAGAAAGGAAGGAACUACUACUCUUAUUAUCCGAAACCCGUGAACAUGAAUAAGACCCCCAUUACUUAUCGCCAGGAGAAGAGCCACAUGGGCUCCAUGGAGCGCAGUUUUACCGACCAGAGCACCCUGCAGGAGGAUGAGAGGAUGGCCCUCUCCUUCAUGGAUGCACACACAUGUGGAACACGAAGUGAUCCGCGCACUUCGGUCAACGAGGCCAGCAGUCUCCUCGGAGGCUCCCCGAGGCACCCGUGCGGACGCAAGGGCUCUCCCUACCACACGGGACAGCUGCACCCCGCCGUGCGAGUGGCCGACCUGCUCCAGCACAUCAACCAGAUGAAGACAGCCGAGGGCUAUGGCUUUAAACAGGAAUAUGAGAGCUUCUUUGAUGGCUGGGACUGCACAAAGAAGAAAGAAAAAACCAAAGGGAGGCAUGAUACCUUAUUGGGAUAUGAUCGCCACAGAGUCAAGCUCAACCCUCUCUUGGGAGACCCCAAUUCCGACUAUAUCAACGCCAACUACAUUGAUAUUCGGAUUAACAGGGAAGGCUACCAUCGAUCCAACCAUUUCAUCGCCUCUCAGGGACCCAAACAGGAGACACUCUAUGAUUUCUGGAGAAUGGUGUGGCAGGAAAAUUGUUUCAGCAUCGUCAUGAUCACUAAACUGGUGGAAGUGGGCAGGGUGAAAUGCUGUAAAUACUGGCCUGAUGACAGCGAGAUGUACGGUGACAUCCAAAUCACUCUGCUGAAAACGGAGACGCUUGCCGAAUACACAGUCCGCACUUUUGCCUUGGAGAGGAGAGGAUACUCAACCAAGCAUGAGGUCCGUCAGUUUCACUUCACAUCCUGGCCUGAGCAUGGGGUGCCCUAUCACGCCACUGGUUUGCUCGCCUUUAUACGAAGGGUGAAAGCCUCUACGCCUCCUGACGCCGGGCCUGUGGUGGUCCACUGCAGUGUGGGGGCAGGCCGCACAGGCUGCUACAUUGUGCUGGAUGUCAUGUUGGACAUGGCCGAGUGUGAAGGUGUGGUGGACAUCUACAACUGUGUGAAAACCCUCUGCUCACGGCGCAUCAACAUGAUCCAGACAGAGGAACAGUAUAUAUUCAUCCAUGAUGCCAUUUUGGAGGCUUGCUUGUGUGGCGAGACGCCCAUUCUGGUGAACGAGUUCUCGGUUGCCUACAGAGAGUUACUGAGAGUGGAUUCCCAGAGUAAUUCCUCGCCGCUACGUGAGGAAUUUCAGACACUAAACUCCGUGACUCCGCACCUGGAUGUAGAAGAGUGCAGCAUCGCCCUGUUGCCCAGAAACCGAGAGAAGAACCGCAGCAUGGACGUUCUCCCACCUGAUCGCGCCCUGGCCUUCCUCGUGACAACAGAGGGGGAGAGCAACAAUUACAUCAACGCCGCCCUGGCCGACAGCUUCCACCAACAAGCUGCCUUUAUCGUCACCCCGCACCCUCUGCCCGGCACCACGGCCGACUUCUGGAGGCUGGUCUUUGACUACGGCUGCACAGCCGUGGUCAUGCUCAACCAACUGAAUCAGUCCAACUCCGCCUGGCCAUGUGUCCAGUACUGGCCAGAGCCUGGUCUACAGCAGUAUGGGCCCAUGGAGGUGGAGUUUCUCUCCAUGUCAGCUGAUGAAGAUGUCAUUACUCGCCUCUUUCGGGUCAAGAACGUCACAAGGUUGCAAGAGGGCCAACUGGUGGUGUGCCAGUUCCAAUUCCUUCGCUGGUCACCAUAUCGGGACGUUCCCGACUCCAAGAAGGCUUUCCUCAACCUGCUGGCUCAAGUUCACAAGUGGCAAAGAGAGUGCGGAGAAGGCCGCGUCGUGGUCCACUGCCUUAAUGGUGGCGGUCGCAGCGGGACCUUCUGUGCCUGCAACAUUCUCCUGGAGAUGAUUCAGUACCAGAACAUGGUGGACAUCUUCUAUGCAGUCAAAACAUUACGCAACUGCAAACCCAACAUGGUGGAAUCCCUGGACCAGUAUCGAUUCUGCUAUGACCUCAUUCUGGAGUACUUGGACUGCUUUGAGGGGAGAUAGCAACUAAAUGCAGAACAAGUAAUUCCACGUUCUUGAUUUAAGGUGGUAGGGAGGCUUCUCUACGUCACCGCUUGGACCUGUGCUGAAGAAAGAACUUAAAACGAACAUGAUUGGGAAAAUUAAUGUGGUUCACAAUUUUAACCUUUAAUGUACAGCUGUGAUUUUUUUUUUCCUUGUGGUGAUGUUUUACCUUUUUUAAUACUUUUGUGCUUUCGCCUCUGUACUUAUAAGCUCUGUUGUGCCAAGGCUUUCUGUAGCCCCCCAAAAAGAACCCCUCCCACCGAAUGACAAAGUUGACCCGUGUUUUGUGAAGUGGGGUCACCUUGGCCGUGGUUCAUUAUUUCAUUCAACCGCAAUUCUCGAGUUACAACAGCGCUAUCGCCACAUGGACAAUUUCUUUUCUCUCCAAGAGCGAUACUCUACUGUAGAUACACAACAGCAGUUCACAGCGCUUGUGGCAUGAAUUAACUAGCAUACCAUAAACUGCCUUAUUCUCUGACAAAAAGACACCAUAAGACCAAGAGAUUUUCCAAUAGAGCCAUGACUUCUAUUUUGCCGUCUAACGAUGGCCACACAGAUGAUCUUUUCUUUCAACUCAUUACUGUUGCAGUGCCAAACCUUAUGACUGACUUGAAUACUCUCUUGACUUUUUUUUCCUGCUUUAUCUUGAUAUAUAUACCUACAUUCAGUAUGUACUUCACUCUGUGAUUGUAUCUCAUAUCCAGUGGGAAAGAAAAAAAGUACUAUAAAAAGUGGUUUUACCAACUAUAGCUAUUGGAUGAAAAAAAGAAGUACUUUAAUUAUUUGGUAACAUUUGUCAGGCCUCUCUGCAUUGGGGUGUACUGUUGAAGCAUUUCGGCAAAGGUGGGAUGAAAGAUGAUUGUUGUUCAUUGUGGCUUAAAAUGACAACUACAAAUAAUGAGAAAAAUGUGAGUCAAACUUGACAAGAAUCUGCUCUAUUUGGGGGGGGAAAGACACGUCUGGCAUCCUGUACAUAUUGCAAAAACUUUAAAAGUUGCUGAGGGGCAUUAUACUUUCCGUUUAGGUUCCAUGCAUUGCUGAGAGCAAAAACAGAAAUCAACUAUAUCGUGAAUUCACAUUUCCAGCAUAGUAAAACUGUUUCGAGUUUUAGUGAUAACACACACUUUUCUGGUCAAGUGAUGUUGAAUAUGAGUCAUCGUUAUUAUUUAGGCAUAAAAAUGCAAAGCAUUUUUUGGUCACCAGAAAAAAAAUACAAAAUAAAUAUAAUUGGAAUGUCACAUGUGAGCCUCAUUGGCAUCACCAGUAACUUUAUACGAAUGGGAUUAGAACAGUGGAAAAGUCAGUGGUAGAUGUUGUCUGAAACAUAAAGGAAGGAGGGGGAAAAAAACACAAAUGCACGGCGAGGGAAUUAUUCUCAGUUUUCCUCGUAUUUUCCUCCAAAAGCAGGAAAAUGUUAUCUGUGAGCAGCCAUUAUCAUCCAUCAUUCCCCUUUUAAAAUGCUCUCGCUAGCGUAUCGCCUGAAACAGCAUAAAGAGCAGCUUUUUUUCCCGGACGUGCCCUAAUAAACCCCUGAAAGCCACAGAAGCUGACAAAUGGCAGCCCGGUGAACAUUUUGCAGCCGCAUGGAAGAAAAAUAAUGUGCACUUCUUGCACUCACAGAAUGACUACGGAAGGUGAAUGAGGUAGCUACUGUUUAACCAGUGAUCAAAACGUACUGUACACAAUCACUGGAUUAAAGCAGCAAGUGCCUGAAUACUUUUUUGUGGCGGGUGGAGAGAAUGUGUAUAUACAGCUGUACAUUGUCAUGUGUAUACUUUGUGAAUAGUAGUCCUACGUCUGCCCGAUCGUGACUCCUCCAUCAAGUUGAAUGUCCUGUAAAUGACUUUUGAUUUUUGUUCAUAGUUAAUCUGCAGUUUUAACAACCAUGCCCAUUUGAGUGCAGCAUGUUUGACUCCGUGAUCAUUUCAAAAAGGACCCAUGCCACCACCCCGCUGUGCUUUUCAGCAGCUCUCCCGCCAUGUGAGUGCACUGUACUUUUUUGUCAUUCCAAAGCUUUUAAUGAUAACUGCGCUCUGACUGCCAUGAGAGUUCUGUUGAUUUCACCUGUUUUCUGUAUGAACCAAUGAUACAUGACUACUGUGUUUCUGAGCAUUGUGUUUGUGAAGAAACGUGUGUAUUUACAUAAUGGGAUGGAGAAGGAAGUUAAACAAUUAAAGAACAAGAUGGGGAAAAA